AUGACUGUUAAAAUUUGGUACAAAAUCGAAGAGUUGGAAGAGACUUCAAUAAAUUUCGAACAAAACAAGACUGUAGACGAUCUAAAAAAAGCUAUUAUAAAAAAUGAGCCUAGCGUUCUUAAGGACUGCACGUCUUCUGAAAUAAAUUUGAAAAUAACAAAAGAUGGCGAUAGCAAAAUUCAUAUAGUAUCUCCAAGAUGGAUAAUUCAGAAGGUGUUGCAAGAGCAUGGAAAUGACUUUUUAUGUCUUAUUUGCAAAAAGGGCAUGGAAAAUACGUGUACACCAGAAGACCUCAAUAUCUUAUUCCGGAUCAGCGAUACUGAGGAUGCUUACGAAUUCAUUACUAAGACGCUUAGCGCGCCAAUUCGGAACAAUCCACCUUCGCGCGAGGGAACUGAGUAUUCCUUCUCACUUCAAGAUGUGAUUGGAUGGCAUGAAACACCUGAGUUCCGUCCCAUUGAAAGAGAGGAUCAGACCGUCGAGGUGUGUGCCACGAACAUUAAAAAGACCUUCACAAAUCCUGAGAAAUCCGAUGCGCGUGUUGAAAAACUCAAGAAUGUUUACGACAUACUGACAAAGAAAAAAGUCCCAAAUGUUGAUCGACUUAUUCAUGCUGAUAAUGAGUCAGGUGUGGUGUAUCUGGGGCCAAAAGGAAUGAGUGUAAAGCCGAAGAAUCAGAAGGAACUCAUUGAAGCUGUUUUCUGUGUGCUCGAGACACUGGUGGUUUUGCAUGAUGGCGACGAACCAAUUUUCCAUCAAGACAUCCGGUGGCCCAACAUUAUUAAAUUGCCUGGCGAACAAUCGAAAUGGAUCCUUAUAGACUGGGACGAUGCUGAUGGACCACCAACUCGACCAGUAAGUCAUCUCGGAAAGGAGAAUCAUGCACCAGAGGUGUUUAAGGAAGGUCACGGUGGAGAAGUUGAUAUAUGGAGCGUAGGAAAACUAAUAACCGAUGCAAAUAAUUGGAUCAUAGGUAUUUCACAAGAUAUUAUUGAAUUUGGGGUACAAAUGCAGAGUAAUAGGCCAAGUGCUCAUGACGCUCUGGAACUUUUCAGGCCUUUUACUCAAUAA